GCCAUUGGACGGCAAGGCAAGCCACGCGAAACCUCUCGCCGUCUCGGUCAGAUGAUUCCCAUCCGGUCCUCCCACCCAUCCCCGCUCCCAAGUACUAGAGGCUAGAGCCUAGAGGAGGCAGUUCCCACCCACCAAACCCAACUCCACAACCUCUUCCCUCCCUCCUUCCUCGUUGAGCCCCCAAAAGGCCCCAGCAAACCCUCAGCUCAGCAAACCCGCAGGAGGGAGGGGAAGCGGCACGAGCUGCGCUGCUGCCAUCCCGCAGCUACUCCGAACAGCAACGUCUCAGCCGACGGCAGCCGUCGCCACCUUCCCACCAACUCCGCCCGUCGCCUCCCCGUUCGGCUUUUCGUCGAGCAGUUGGUGGGCACCAAACCGGGCUGCCUAAGCCGGGCUGGGGAGCUAGCGAGCUCGAGGGAGUGAGAUGAAGAAGCUGUACCAGGGGAAGGGGCGGCGGGUGCACCCGGCGCCGGCCGACGCGGCGGCGGCCGUGGCGCUGCCGGCCGCCGUGCUGGCCCUGGCGUCCGCGCUGACCGCCGAGGAGCAGGAGGUGCUGGCCUACCUGCUGUCCUGCGGCGGCGCGGCGGGGGGCCGCCCGCGCCGCCGCCGCGGGCCCCACCCGCCCGAGAUGGGCUGCGGCUGCUUCGGCUGCUACAAGAGCUUCUGGGCGCGCUGGGACGCGUCCCCCAACCGCCACCUCAUCCACCACAUCAUCGACGCCGUCGAGGAGGGCGGCGGCGGCGGGAGCGGGGGCCAUCCGCGCCGCGGCCCUUCACGCCGCCGCCGCCGCGGACGUCGCAGCAGCGACGCGGCCGACUACGAGGACGCCGGGGUGGUGGACGCCAGCACGGACCACCACCACCCGGGCUGCGACGGAGGGAGGGACCACCACGGCGAGUACGAGGGCGAUGGCGAUGACGAGGGGGAAGAAGUGGCCAGCAGCAUGGACGGCGACGAGGAUGACGCAUCGGUGGCCAGCGAGGGCGACUGCAACGGCGGCAGCGCCGAGAAGAGCACGGUGGGGAGGCUGGUGCGCUUCAUCGGGGAGAAGGUCUGGGGCCCCUGGAACUAAGCCGGAUGCCCGCUCGUCUGUUCUUGUAGAUUAGGGGAAGGAAGGAGACCACCAAGGAGGAGGGUCUCGUCAAGGUCAGUACCAGUAGUAGCUGUUUUGAUCAAGAGCUUAUCUGCUCUGCGCACUUUUCCUCUUCUUUCUUUUGUUCAAUUUCUUGCACUCUGGUGAGCAUGUGAGGAUUGGAGUGGGGGUAAAAUCAGCACUAUCUCAUCCAAUUUCAGCUCCCCAGUCCCCACCUUCUUCCUCCUCUGUACCAUAUUUUUGCUCCUUUGGUUCAACAAUGAACUUCUUGCAAGAGAACAAGUUUCCUUUCCCUUCCA